CUACCAGCAGCAACAAUACUAGCUAUUGACGCUAACGAGCAUCACCCCUGGUGGGAUCCGCUAUGCCCAACCACCAGCCAAGGCGCUCAAGAGCUAGCCGACUGGAUAGAGGACCAAAACCUAAGCCUACUCAACACCCCAGGUGCUAGGACCUUCUUUAGGCCGCACCUAUCAAGAGAGCCAGUAUUAGACCUAUCACUUGCCACGCCAGACAUAGCCAACAAAGUUAAAGACUGGCAAGUUACUACAGAAACUGGCUCAGACCACUACGGGCUGCUCUUCUCUAUCCAAACAACAAUAGAACUAGUAGACAACCCAGCAGCCCAGCAAAAGUACAACACAAAAAGGGCUAACUAG